AUGGAGAAAAGAUCAAGUACGACAUUCGUACAUGAAGUUGAGGUGAGAAAAGGGCCGUGGACGAUGGAAGAAGACUUGAUUCUUAUCAACUACAUCGCCGAUCAUGGUGAAGGUGUUUGGAACACGCUUGCCAAAUCCGCAGGUCUCAAAAGAACCGGGAAGAGUUGUAGGCUUCGAUGGUUGAACUAUCUUCGACCAGAUGUGAGAAGGGGUAAUAUUACACCCGAAGAACAACUUUUAAUUAUGGAGCUUCAUGCCAAAUGGGGAAACCGGUGGUCAAAAAUUGCAAAAUAUUUGCCGGGAAGAACAGAUAACGAGAUAAAAAAUUACUGGAGGACCAGAAUUCAGAAACAUGUUAAACAAGUCAAUACUUACGAUGGACAAACUUCUUCAAUGCAAAACAAUCAGGGGAAUAUGUUCUCGACACAAACAUGCACAGGUGUAAAUCCAAUGGACUUAUCGCAUUAUCCUCCAUGCGACAACCCUAUGAGCUAUUCGGGUUCUUUUGCCCCCGAAACAAACGAGAACCCAUGGAGUAUGGAAGAUUUAUGGUCAUUGCAAGUGCUAAGUAAUGAUUGA